UGGAUAUCGAUGUCGGGACGGAGCUGGUUCGAAGGAUUGCCAAGAUGGCCCCUGGGAUCGGAGGGUUUGGUGGCCUCUUCCCUUUGGACAGCUGAAAUGCCUGAUUUCUAUGCAAGAGGAGAAUAUGAUCUUAGUGGUUUUGCUGUUGGCAUUGUUAAAAAGGAUUCAGUAAUUGAUGGGAAGAAUAUCAAGGCUGGAGAUGUUCUCAUAGGUCUUCCAUCAAGUGGUGUUCAUUCGAAUGGGUUUUCUCUUGUGAGAAGGGUUCUAGCACAAAGUGGUCUAUCUUUGAACGAUCAGCUUCCUGGAAAUAAUGGCGAACCUAUUACUUUAGGUGAAGCUUUAAUGGCACCUACUGUUAUCUAUGUCAAACAGGUGAUCGAUAUUAUCAGCAAGGGAGGUGUGAAAGGAAUUGCCCACAUAACUGGUGGUGGUUUUACGGACAACAUUCCAAGAGUGUUUCCUUCGGGCCUUGGAGCUAAAAUCUUAGCAAAUUCCUGGGAAGUCCCUGCUGUAUUCAGAUGGAUACAAGAAGCUGGAGGAAUUGAGGAUUCUGAGAUGAGGCGGACCUUUAACAUGGGUAUUGGGAUGGUUCUUGUUGUUAGCCCGGAGGCAGCUGAUAGAAUACUUUCAGAAUGUCAGGGAUCUAGUCCAGCUUUUCGCAUUGGGGAGGUUAUUACUGGUGAAGGUGUCGAGUUUGCCUGAAAUCUGCGUAAAUUGUUUUCAUGUGUGGGUGGUGAAGGAGGCAAAGGAGGCCAAUUUUGUUGUACUGGUGGUUUCAGAACUUAUUUAUGGUCACCGUUACUGAGGCGAACCAGUGAGUGCUGGCCCUAAACCUUAGUUUCCAAUAAAAUCUUUUUUUUUUUGGGGGUGGUUUUUCUUAUUGGAGUAUAUGGUUUAACCGCUACGUUUGUAGCAAGGAGCUGUAUUGUUGCUGUGGCGGUGUGUUUCUUCUUGACAGGACCACGCGAUCGAUCUCGCAUGUCGUUUCACUCCAACAACCUCGAAAAGAAAAGCACAGAUCUAUUCUCUACAUUCUAUCUUGUUCUCUCUCUCUUUUUCGUUGCGGGAGGACCAUUCUUGGGUACUGGCUUCGCGUCCAUUUCUUUGUUCAAUCUGGCUUCCUCCCUCUAGUGAGAGGAAAAGUCCCCCAGUCUCCCUCUCUGUAUUUUUGUGUUUUUAGUCCUACCUAUGAGCCUUGCUAAAUGGCGCACUGAAAUAUCUCGUAUCCUCCCUGCUUGUUCCAUUGUAAAACGUUCCAAUUAAACGUUAAGCUAUUAUUUGCUAUAGAAAAGUUGACACUAGUAUAGCUUUCACAGGGCCAAUUGACCUCGAAACUAUAAUAAGAAAGUCAAAAGGAUCAUUUCUAAAUUGUCAUCAGCCAAUGCUGUCAAACAACUUGCUUUGAUUUG